CUCCAGCCCAUUGAAUCUAGCAUUCCUAUAUUAGUCGGCUUCACACUCCGUUGCUUCUCUUCUUCUUCCGAAUCCAAUCUACAUCUCAUCUCUCACCUCGCAUCCUCUUCACACACUCACAAAAUGGCCUCUGAAAAGCCCCGUGUCUGUCUGGCCUACUCCGGUGGUCUUGACACCAGCUGCAUUCUGCGCUGGCUCAUCGAGGAGGGUUACGACGUCGUCUGCUUCCUCGCCAAUGUCGGUCAGGAGGAGGACUGGGCCGCUGUCGAGGCCAAGGCGUUGAAGAUUGGUGCCAAGAAGAUGAUUAUUGAAGAUCUCCAGCGCGAGUUCAUCACUGAGCUCUGCUUCCCCGCCAUUCAGUGCAAUGCCAUCUACGAGGGUCGCUACCUUCUCGGUACCAGCUUGGCUCGCCCCGUGAUCGCCCGCGCUCAGAUGCGCGCUGCCCAGCGCGAAGGCUGCCAAUACGUCAGCCACGGUGCUACCGGCAAGGGUAACGACCAGGUCCGCUUCGAGUUGGCCUUUUAUGCCAUCCAGCCCUCCAUCAAGAUCAUUGCCCCUUGGCGUGAUCCCAAGUUCUUCAAGCGUUUCGCUGGCCGUAACGAUCUCCUUGACUACGCCGCUCAGACCGGCAUUCCUGUCACCUCUACCAAGGCCAAGCCCUGGUCCAUGGACUCCAACUCUGCCCACUGCAGUUACGAGGCCGGCAUUCUGGAAGACCCCAACAUCACCCCUCCCUCUGACAUGUGGACCAUGACCGCCGAUCCUCUCACUGCUCCCAACGAGCCUGUUGACCUCACCAUCCACUUCGAGCAGGGUGUUCCCACUAAGCUCAUUGCCCCCGGCAAGGAAUACACCGACCCCGUCGAGCUUUUCUAUGCUCUCAACAAGCUCGGCUACACCCACGGUGUUGGCCGUAUCGAUAUUGUCGAGAACCGUUUCAUCGGUCUCAAGAGCCGUGGCUGCUACGACUCUCCUGCUAUGACUAUCCUGCGUGAAGCCCACCUGGACCUCGAGGGUCUUGUCUUGGACGGUCAGGUCCGUGCUCUUCGUGACCAAUUCGUUACCCACAACUGGUCCAUUCAGCUCUACAACGGCCUGUACUUCAGUGCCGAGCGUGAGUUCAUUGAGAACAGCAUUAAGUUCAGCCAGAAGCGCGUGAACGGCGAGGUCCGCGUCCGCCUGUACAAGGGCCACACUUACAUCCUUGGUCGCUCCAGCAGCACCGAGAAGCUCUACUCUGCUGAGGAGGCCUCGAUGGACUCUCUCGAGGACUUCGAGCCCACCGACACCACCGGCUUCAUUGCCAUCCAGUCCAUCCGCCUGAAGAAGUACGGUCUCCAGAAGGCCGAGGAGGGUGAGAGCCUGAGCCGUGCUUAGGCGUGAUAUGAAUUUUGUACGAUUUGAAAGGGAUUCCAUGGGGGUAUUACAAAAAGGAUAUAAAAGUAGCAUCUAAUGAAUGAAUAAGCAUAACUAUUCUCG